AUGGUUAAGGGAGAUCCCAAACGCGAUUACUAUGCGGAUCUAAACUUGAAUUCCAAUGUCGACUCAGAGCAGAUCAAGAAGGCAUAUCGAGAGCUCGCUCGAUUAUAUCACCCGGACCGCAACCGCGGCAGUGAAGUCGACGUCGUCCCCAAAUUCCAAGCCAUCCAAGCCGCCCACGAAAUCCUCGGUGAUCCCGAGUCCCGCCAAAAGUACGAU